CUUUCAUCUCAUUUUGUCCUCGGGCAAUCCUGGAUGGCUCUGAGGCAGGGACGGCCAUCAUCUCUCUGAGAUAAAGCAGGAAAGCAGUCCAAGGUCGGGGGGCAGUGGGAAAGAGCUCAGGCCGGAGAGCGGUCGCAUUUUCCUGCAUGGUUGAUGUGGAGCCAGGAGACGAUUCCGGCUGUGGGAGAAAGGUCAGGGUCGCAUCCCCCUUCCUUUCUUCUUGAUGGAUGAAAGGCCUGUUCUUUGACAUGCGGACUCCCCAAGGCCAGGGCGACUGGUGCCCUUCCAGGGUAUGUGGGCGGGACAGUGGGCAGGGACCUGAGGGAAGGAGUCAAAGGAGGCGCCCAGCAGCCUGAGCAGCAAGAUGGGUGGAGGGGCCUUCAACGCUAUAAGUGGCCCGGCCAGGGCCUUUGCUCGGGGCUCCGGCCAUGCUCCUUCUCGGGCUGCUGCUGCUGACCCUGCUGGCUGGUGCCCACCUGCUGUGGCACAAGUGGCAGCUCCGCAGCCUCCACCUCCCACCCCUUGUGCCCGGCUUCCUGCACCUGCUGCAGCCCAACCUUCCCCUCUAUCUGCUGGGUCUGACCCAGAAACUGGGGCCUGUCUACAGGCUCCGCCUGGGGCUGCGAGGUCAGUCUGCUCCUUCCCCGCCCCCGCCACGGUGGGAAGGCGGGCUCCCCUCCAGGCUGACAUCCUGCUUUGACCCUCCCCCAGAUGUGGUGGUGCUGAACUCCAAGAGGACCAUCGAGGAAGCCAUGAUCAGGAAAUGGGUGGACUUUGCCGGCAGACCCCAGACGCCGUCCUAUCAGCUGGUGUCUCAGCACGACCAGGACCUCUCCCUCGGGGACUACUCCCUGCUCUGGAAGGCUCACAAGAAACUCACCCGCUCGGCCCUGCUGCUGGGCCUCCGCAGCUCCACGGAGCCGCUGGUGGAGCAGCUGACCCAGGAGUUCUGUGAGCGCAUGAGAGCCCAGGCCGGUGCCCCCGUGGCCAUCCAGAAGGAGUUCUCUUUCCUCACCUGCGCCAUCAUCUGUCACCUCACUUUUGGAGACAAGGAGGACACCUUAGUACAUGCCUUUCAUGACUGUGUCCAAGACUUGAUGAAAACCUGGGAGCACUGGUCCAUCCAAAUUUUGGACAUCGUUCCCUUUCUCAGGUUCCUCCCCAACCCAGGCCUCUGGAGGCUGAAGCAGGCCUUGGAGAACAGGGACCACAUGGUAGAGAAGCAGCUGCGGCAGCACAAGGUGGGAACGCUGUGUGUCCCCGGCCCCCGUAGCCCACAGCCAGGGACCCCGCUGCCCCAGAGCUGGGCGGGUUCCUUAGCCCCCCGCCGUGCCGGGGCCUGUGGCUGGUCUCUCGCCAAGCCAGGCUCUGAGGCCGGCCCCUCCUCCGCUCUGCAGGAGAGCAUGGUGGCAGGCCAGUGGAGGGACAUGAUGGACUAUAUGCUCCAGAGAGUGGGGAAGCCGAGAGUGGAAGAGGACCACGGACAGCUGCUUGAAGGGCACGUGCAUAUGUCUGUGGUGGACCUGUUCAUUGGCGGCACAGAGACCACGGCGACCACCCUCUCCUGGGCCGUGGCGUUCUUGCUUCACCACCCUGAGAUUCAGCGGCGACUCCAGGAAGAGCUGGAUCGUGAGUUGGGCCCUGGAGCCUCAGGCUCCCGAAUCCCGUACAGAGACCCUGCACGGCUGCCGUUGCUCACGGCCACCAUCGCCGAGGUGCUGCGCCUGCGGCCUGUCGUGCCCCUGGCCUUGCCACACCGCACCACGCGGCCUAGCAGCAUCUUGGGCUACGACAUCCCUGAGGGCACGAUUGUCAUCCCCAACCUGCAAGGCGCCCACUUAGACGAGACAGUCUGGGAGCGGCCACACGAGUUCCGGCCGGGUGCGUGGCGGGGAGGGCGCCUGCGGUGUGGGGGCAGCAGAGGCCUGUCCCUGCGGCUACAGAACCCCGGUUCUGUCCUUCUGCCCACAGAUCGUUUCCUGGUCCCCGGCGCCAGCCCCAGAGUGCUGGCCUUUGGCUGCGGGGCGCGCGUGUGCCUGGGGGAGCCGCUGGCGCGCCUGGAGCUCUUCGUGGUGCUGGCGCAGCUGCUGCGGGCCUUCACGCUGCGGCCGCCCGCCGGCGCCCUGCCCUCCCUACAGCCACGCACCCACUGCGGCGUCAACCUCACCGUGCAGCCCUUCCAGGUGCAGCUGCAGCCCCGGGGUGCUGCGGCCCAGGCGCUGGGCCAGCACCCGUGACAGGGCAGGACGCACGCCGGCCACGCACGUG